UAGUAUACAUUGAAAAAUCCCUUUGCUUUCAGUUUAUGCAAAGACGUAACUAAUUGGAAAAUAUGGGGAGCUGUGGAGAUAGCCGGCCCUCAACGCCAGAUGCCGAUCAACCUGAAGCUAACAGUGAAUCAGACCAGAUGGAAAUGGAUGAUGCUAAAGGAAAAGGGGAAAAAACAGUCAGGGAAUUGCCAACAAUGUCUAGCCCAGUUGAACGUGGCAUUUUGAUUCUUAGGAGAGCAAAUACUGAUACUGAGAGAUUUGCAGCACUCUUAAUGUUAACAAAACUUAUUAAAGUAGAAGAGUUUGAUGAAUCAUGUAAGAAAAGCCUUAUGGAAGCUAUGGGUUUGCAUUUUUUAGCUCGUCUCUUACGAACCGACGAAGUUCCUGAAGGUUGUCCACCCUUUAUGUUUAAGUCUAUUGCCAUGACCAUAUUAACUUGCUUUAUAUCCUCAUGUUUAGGCAAUCCAACUUUAUAUGCACUCAUUCCAGUAUUGAGCGAGUUCAUUGCAAUGUCAGCAGAUACGAGUGAUGGAGAUCUAACCUUAAUUAAAGAUUCUUACCAAUGUAUGAAAAGCAUAGCCUCUGAAAAGGGUGGAAGAAAAGCUAUAAUUGAUUUUGAAGCUGUAGGGUCACUUGUAGAUGCUUACACAGCAGAAGGUUACUGCUAUGAUGAUGCUCUGGAGAUUCUUUUGAUGGUUGUGACAGAAGAGGGUGCAAGAACAUGGGAAGAUGAGCCAGAAGCAUUCAUAAAGCUCAUGAACCAUGUUGCUCACGAGUUUGCUGUUGAUCAAGGGGAGAUUAAGUUUAAGUUGUGUGAUACUCUCUCGGAACUUUUACAAAGCCUUCCAUUACUUACUGUUGAGAGUGGUCAACCAGAAUGGAAAAAAAAUUUACAUAAAGGUCUCUCUGAUAUAAUAUUCAGCAAAUUAAGUCGUGAGCAACGUGACAGAGGUUUAAAGUUAGCAGGGACAGCAAUGGAAACUCUUGGGGUAAGUUGGGUAUUACAGGUGGAGAAUGAAGCAACAGGGGAAACCAAAGGUAGACAGUUACUGCUGCUACUGGUUCACCUGGCAUGCAUUGAAGUUCGAAUGAGUCUAGAGGACAAGACUUUUGAAGAAGCUGUUGCCCUUGCCUCUCCAACUACUGCUUGUUACACUAUAUUAGAAUUAGCUAUAAUCUUCCUUGUCAAUGGUGCUGUUGAUUUUGAGCAAAAGCAGAAACAACAGCUGUAUGCUGCCUUAAAAGGGGCUUUUAAAGCAGUUCUUACAUUUUUAAAUGGAGCUUCAGUUGAUGAUUCUUUUUUAGAGAAUUCUGUGAAUCAUCUGUUUGUUUGUGCAACUAUUCGUGUUUUGGGAGCAUGGUUGGCAGAAGAAACAGCAGCUAACAAGGAAGAGGUAUACCAAACCAUACCCUUCAUUAUUAAAAUAUCAAGGUACAACUUUGAACACAACAAAAGGAAAGCUGUAAUGAAAUCCAAGAAAAAGGGCCAGUCUAAGAGUUAUUACAAGGAGGAGAGCAAAGACAGACUGCCAGAUGUACUGAGAUUCUUACUUCCUGGCUUGUGUCAUCUAACUGCAGAAGAUUUUCCUCGGCAUAUUUUGCUUGAACUUGAAAUAGAAAAUUUAUUGUUUGAAUAUUUCAAUUAUCACUGGAAUAGCAUAAAAGGCAUAUUUGGCCCUCAGAAUAAAGAGGAAGAAUUAGAAAUCCCCUCAGAUAAGGUUCGCUCUGCUUGUGAGGCUAUGGACACCAUAAGCAAUAUAUUCAUGAAUAUAGUGGUUCAAGAACCACAAAGAGUUAAAACUGAUCUGUUUUACUAUACGCUUCUGAAAUUUGUUUUUACUAAAGUACCAGAAAUACCCUUGGAGGUUCGUUACCUCAGGUUGUGCGGUAAUUCUUCCACUUUAGGACUCAUGAUUCUGCGUCACCAACACAAGAGUGUUAAAAGUACAGACUUUACAAUAUUUAGAUUUGUGCAGUCUACUGUUCGCUUUCUAUGGGAUGCUCAUAAUAUUGAGGAGAGUAGGGACUAUGCAACUUUAGUUGUGUCCUCAAAGUAUGAAUUUCAUUGGGGUAGCCUUAUGGAUAUCUGGUUUUUAGGUAUGCAUACAUUAAGUCUUCUUCUCCCGUUAAUCCCGUGGCUCUGUGAUUUCUUAAUAGAAAGUGAUUGGCCACAGACAAUUAUCACAACUUUAUUGUCAGUCCGUGAAGGAGGAUUAGAUACUGGACUCAAAAGUGCCUUUGAGGAUUUCCUCUGCCUUCUGUCAAAAUCAUCAAAACCUGCUCAUAACAAAUUAAAAGAAAAGGGAGUGGAACAAGUUUGUCGGAAUCACAAACUAGAAGAGUUGUCCAAAGUGUUUAGUGUCAAAAUGUCUGUGGUUGAAAAAUCAUUGUUGUGCAUGAUGUUACACUUCCUGGUUACAACAUGGCUGGAAAAGCAAGGAUUGUCCAAAGAGGAAAGCAGAAAAAUUACAACAGAUUUCCUACAGAAGUUUCGAGAAUCUCCAGCUCCAGAUUACUCAACAGAUGAGGAUGGAUUAGACAAGUGGAGAAGGAAUAUCUGGGCAGCAGCUUUACCUGAAAUAUAUCAUCAGUACAUAGGAGAUGUGUACUCGUUAUGGAAGUCCGAGAGGCUGAAGCAUCUGUCUUUCAAGCCAUGUGUAACCACCAUGCUUGAUGAACUUGCUCCUGACUUUAACCUUGGCCUCAUUACUAAUGGACCAUCUGUAGCCCAGUGGGAGAAGAUCAACCACACUGACUGCCAGAAGUACUUUGAUUCAAUUAUUGUGAGUGGAGACUUGGAUGUGGAGAAGCCCAGUAAAGAUAUUUAUGACAUGGCCUUCCGUGAACUACAGGUGAAUCCAAAUGAGUGUAUCAUGGUUGGAGACAAAAUUGAAACCGAUAUCAAAGGAGGAGUGAAUGCUGGGAUAGGAGCAACUGUGUGGGUUAAUGCCAGAAACAAAGUUGCUCCUGAUGACAUCCAACCAGAUUUUAUGAUUGAUAAUGUAACCCAACUCCUAGAUAUUCUUCUUGAUUUAACAGAUGUUGAGAUAUCACAAAGUUGAAAGAUUAAAUUUCUUCACAUAAAAAUUUUAAUCUUUGGGGACAAUUUGAAAUUUUUGCUUUUUUUUUCAUUUAGUGGGAAAUCUGCCUUCUUAAACAACAUAAUGUACAAAAUGGAAUGAUAUUCCUUUCUUUUACCCCCAAGCCUUUUCUUGCUUAAUACAGGCUGUUGUAACCAAACAUCCAUACAUUUUCCCUUCCUUCAUUCACUCUUACUGCUGUAAAAGAUGUGUUCCUCUAUGGUUCUUUUCCUCAAUAAGACUCCAGAUCUUAUCUAUACCUGUAGCUUCACCUGAACCAACUUCACCCUUCAGGCACUGGUCCUUCAUCAAAAUUCUCUCUACUUCAUAUUCUGCACUAUAUUCCACUUCCCAUCCUCAAUAUUUCACUGGCAAAUCCAUCCACUCUUGAUGCCUUAACAUUCUUAAGCUUCCUUUGUCAGUCUUGCUACUCCUCCCAUUUUGCUCUGACGGUGUAAUUGUGCCAGUCUUAUAUCUGUAAUGUUUUAGAAGUUAUUAAAAUUAUUUAAUAUAAAAAUAAAUUGUUUAUACUGUA